GAGUUCCUGAAUCAUGUGGACUCCGUGGUCACGCUCCAGCGCUAUGCCCGCGGCUACCUCGUCAGGCUGAGGAUGUGGCGAGACGCCAUCCAGACGGAGCAGCGCUUGUGGGCGGCGGUAGAGAUUCAGCGGUGUUGGCGAGGCUACAUGGGUCGGCUCAGGUGGGAGAUGGAGUACGAACGCCUGUGGUCACGGGAGACAGCAGCACUCAUCAUCCAGAGGAACGUCAGGGGCUGGCUGGCCAGAAGCGCCGUGACUGGCCGACGGAAGCGGAAGGCCCGCGCGGAGUUCGAGAAAGCGCGGAGGCGCUUUAAGGCCGCGCAGAAGAUCCAAGC